UCUAAAUCUAUUGUAUUCUUCAAAUUUUUCCUGUCCCUGUCGCGGUCAUCGACGACAGACACAGGCAAAUGGAAAAAUGAUUUCCGCUUCGAGAUCGGAUCGAUCUUGUCACAUCGUCCUCUUCGAAACCCAGUUCCCCAGGUUUCAAUAAUUCGCAUCUAGCGGUAAGAUCAGACGUCGCACACGGUUUCCCUUCUUCUGUCAGAAGAAGUCUCUAGUCUUCCUUCACAGUGUGCCGUGUCUCCCUUAUAAAUCCGUUCUUCUCUGCUUGAAUCCCGCCAAUCCAACUCAAACCCACGAAUCCAUGGAUCCAGAUUCGAGAAGCUACCCGCUCCUCGCCUUCGCUCUCUACCAGAUCGACCCCAACACCCACCCUUACCUCCCACCCGACGUCGCCCGCAACCUGUUCGACGAAAUGCCUCACUUGACCAACCCGAAGGUCGCGUCUUCCCUCGCCCUGUCCGUCCCCGCCGACGUCCUCCAGACCCGGGCCCUCCUCCACGCCAUCGGGCCGCGGCCCGACCCGUCGGCCGUCGCGGCGGCGCGGGCCAAGAUCGCGCGGCUCGAGGCGGGCGAGGGAGCCGCCGAGGCGAAUAAGGGCGAGGUCGGGAUAUACAAGGCGGUGGUGAGGUUGGAGGAGAUGCACGAGGAGUACGAGAAGCAGCUGAGGGACGCGGAGGAGAAGCUGGUGGAGGCCUACGGGCGCGUCGUCGAGGAAGAAGUGGGAGUAGUUGAUGAGGAGGUGGUUAGGGUUUUGAGGGAGGUGGAGGAGAACGGGGCUGUGGAGAGAGUUGCGCUGAGUGGGAGGCACCUCAGGUUUGUGCCCGAGGCCUUUGGGAAGAUCAAUGGUUUGCUUGUGCUUGACCUGUCUCACAAUCUGCUUGAGGUUAUUCCCGACUCUAUAGGAGGACUAAAGAGUCUGGAGGCGCUCAACGUCUCUUCCAACCUUUUAGAGUCUCUUCCAGAUUCCAUUGGUUUGCUUGUGAACCUGAAGGUUUUCGAUGUCUCAGGAAACAAGUUGAAGGCCCUUCCUGAAAGCAUUGCUUGGUGCAGUUCCCUGAAGGAGUUUGAUGCCAGUUUCAACAACCUUACCUGUUUGCCAACAAAUAUCGGAUAUGGGCUAACCAAUCUGGAGAAGCUAUCAAUUUCCUUGAACAAGCUCUGUGUGCUUCCACAAUCGAUCUGCGAGGUGAAAUCUUUGCGAUAUCUUGAUGCCCAUUUUAAUGAGCUUCGAGGCCUGCCACAUGCUAUUGGAAGAUUGGCCUACCUUGAGGUCCUGAACGUGAGCAGCAAUUUCAAUGACUUUACCGAACUUCCGGAUACCAUUGGUGAUCUUACCAACCUGAGGGAGCUUGAUGUCAGCAACAACCAAAUCCGAGCUCUUCCUGAUUCAUUCUACAGGCUUGAGAACCUCGCCAAGCUAAACUUGGACCAGAAUCCUCUGGUUGUUCCACCUCUGGAGAUUGCGAACAAAGGGGCAGAAGCUGUGAGGGAGUUCAUGAGGAAGAGGUGGCAGGACAUGCUAGCAGAGGAACAGCUGAGAAGCAUUCAUGAAGCAAGGCAGCCACAGGCUCAGGCAGGAUUGCUUGCAUGGGGCGGCUCGCUGCUCAGUGGGCUUGUUUCGGGUGUAUCCCAAAGUGUGGCCGGAUAUCUGGGUGGUGCAAAGGCUCCAAGGGACCCAUACUUGGAUCAACAGCUUUAAUAUGGAUGUAAUCUCUAUCAUUUCUGAUGUUUAAGAUCCUGUUGUUUGGAAUAAUCUUCGCAGUGGUAUGUACAGUUAAAUAAGAAUAAUACUUAAAGGUUUAUCCGCCUUUAGUUCAAAUGAGAGGAUAUGUACAUAUAUUGUCUACCUUAAAACACUGUAACAUGUUGACACAAGAAUUUGAUACUUUUGGCGUGCUUGCCUAA